CAGUCGGAGGUGAAGGUAACCGGACUUGCGAUCUCCCUCCUGCUGCAAGAGCUAAAUCUCCCUCUUCCUCCUCCUCCUCCUCCUCCUCCUCCUCCUCCCCGACAACACGUGUGUGUGUUUUCUCUCUUCUUAACUAUUUCUCUCUCCCUUCCCCUCUCCCCCUCCCCAUUCCCAACGACCUCAGCCCUCACGUCCUACACGGCGCUCCCCGGCUUCCAGUGCCGUACUUUCGCUCAGUGAGUGAGGACGCCUCUCAGACUGGUUGUACCGAUCGCUGGAGAUAUCGUGGAGGGGAGUUUAAAGAUACGAAAAAAAGACGAACCAACAAACUCCUCCGGGACCUAGAGAAACUGGCCUUGGUUGUCGUAAUUGGAGAGAAGCAGAAGAAGAAGACCCUGUCUUUGCUUCCAAAGGGCACACAGGGCGGCAGCAGGGGCAUCGGAGACUACUACUACUAAGACCCCAUGGCACCGCUACCACUACUGGAGGGAUACUGAGGGGGUUCGGAAAAAAGCAAAAACUUGAAAGGGAGGCCCGUUCCCUCUUUCAAGAACUCGUUAGAGAGCUACCGACGGAUUAACGACUUUCGACCAGAUCAAGAUGCGGUUCGUCGUUCUGUUGGCCAUCCUGGCAGUGUUUGCUGGGAGGGGUGGAGGCAUCUGUGUCGUGGACAACAAACGUGGCUGGAAUGUCCAGUGCGGCCUCAGAGACUCCUACCUCUUCAGAAUCAAAGAUGUCGGGGGACUCAAAGCCAAUUUUGACUUUGGUUUCGGCCUUGGCGAUGAAGAGGGCUUUGCUGAGUCGAUAAGAAAUACGCAGGGUGGAGGAUACUAUAAAAGGAAUGAUGACGAUGACGAUGCUGAAAUUCCAGAGGAAGUUGAUAUAGAGGAGAGGCCACACUUCACCAGGUAUGGAGAGCCACAGGUCGCCAGAAGAAACGAUGAUGCCCCUCCUGCUAGACCGCCCGCGAGGCGCCCACCUCCUAGGAGACGCCCCGUCAGAAGACCUGCCAAUGGAGCGCAGGGACAGAGACUAUCCGGCAGGCAGGCCAGCGGAGAAAAUGCUCAGCUUCCAGCAGAACACCGCUCUCGCUUUCCAGGAGAACAACCUCAAUUACCAUCUUUUGGCUUACUUCCUCCUCCCCAAACGAGUCGACAAACUCCUGGUGGAACCUUCCAACAACAGGGACAGCUGCCAGGAACAUCAGUUACAAACGGCCAAAGGAUUAUUGUGCGUCCCGGAACAAGACCAACGAUUGUUAUCAACCAGACUCCAUCUCAUACUCGUCCUCGUGUGACUCAUCCCACUAUUGGUCCUGCCAUUGGAGAUCUUCUCAGGGUCGACGCUGGCACUCCUGCGGACACAGAUCACGUGCCCUCCUUCGCGGCCAAGAUGUUCGUCGUCCGUGAGGCCCCUACGGAGUUCUUUCCUCCUGGGUACGAGGUGCCUUUCAAACUAUUUCCCAGGUUGGAAAAGCGCGUGGAAGUCCCCAGGACGAAAUUCUUCUGCGAAGAGCAAAAGUAUUUGCCUGGCAUCUACGCGGACGUCCAGCUCGGCUGCAAGGUCUUCCACCUCUGCCUCCCAGCCGCGAUGGGCAACACCCUCACCAGCUUCAUGUGCCCCAACAUGACCCUCUUCGACCAAUCCAUAAUGCAGUGCAACUACUGGUACUACGUCAACUGCGAGAACUCCCCGAAGAACUACGACGCCAACUUGCAAAUGGCUCUGAGCUACCGCAAGAUGAACGCCGCCCAGCUUCCUCUGACGGCCGUCCGAAACUUCGACAACGUGGCCCUGCUGUCCCACAACUCCGAGGAGAUGAAGAGUCACAAGACCGUCGCGCCGGCGGAUCCUUCCAUCGCCGACAACCUCGCCUUCAGGAGGAUCGGCAGAGCUGAGGUCAAGGACGCGAGGGAAAGGAUGGAUGACUUCUCCGACGGCAUCCCGAGGCAACCCAGGACGCUCUUUGGCACAGAAGGCGAAGGCAAAGUAGAGGAAAAAGGAGAGGAGGAGAAACCAGCUGAGGUCAAAGAUGGAAAGACGAGAGAGGGAGAGAAGAAGAAACCAGCCGAGGACAAAGAUGGAAAGACCAAAGAAGAAGAGAAGAAGAAACCAACGGAAGACAAAGAUGCAAAGACCAGAGAAAAGAGAAGUUCGAUUACUUCGCAUAAUCUGCCGCUGUUCUACAGAAAGAUUCGCAGAAGUUAAUUGCGUUUUGUAUAUGUGUGUAUGUGUGUGUGUAUGUACGUCUGUUUGUGUGUGUGUUUGUAACAUUAUCUUGAAAAGUUUGCAUGGCGAUUAGCAACAUGCAACAUGUGUCUGUGAUUGUGGCUCUUCGUGGCUUCCCGAGUUGUGUACAUAUGUGACCUAAACAAAAACAAUAGACUCAUGAAUAAAAACAAAAUAAAAAAAAGUAAAGCUCAGUUUUGUCUCCUCUGUUGCACGUGAGUCCUCGUUUUUGUACAUAUGUUCGAUGAUACGCUGCUCUGCUGCAAAUUUCUUGCCAAACUUCUAGUUCAGUGUUGUUCAUAGUGAUGAGAUAAGAGUCUGCAUGGUGUUUUUUUCUGACUCACCCUGUAGUAUGUAAUGUAGUGGAAAAGAACUUUAUAUAUAUAU